AAUUACCGACACUGGCCACUGUCAUUUCCAAGCGCUGUUGUUCCGGGAAGUGUGAUAUAUAUUUUUUUCUACACUCAGCCGCGAACAACAAAAUGGCUUUGAGAGCAGCUUUGAGAAAGAAGCCUGCUUUACCAGGUCUCCUCUCUCAGUUGUCCUCCUGCAGUCAUGGCAGAGUUUGUGCAUCUUCUGUGUUUGUCGCACAGCAGAGGAGCAACUCCACAUCACCCAAAAUGACAGUGGAUUUCGACCAGAGCACAGGCGUGGCCGUGAUGCGUAUGAAGAGUCCACCAGUCAACAGCCUCAGUUUGGAUUUCCUCACAGAGUUUUGCAUCAGCUUAGAGAAGCUAGAAAUGGACAAGAGCUGCCGCGGCCUCAUCAUCACCUCGAGUUUGCCCAAAGUGUUCUCAGCCGGACUGGACAUCAUGGAGAUGUAUGGGACGAGUCCAGAGCGCUGUGGAGAGUUCUGGAAAGCUGUCCAGGAGAUGUGGCUAAAACUUUACAGCUCCAACAUGGUCACGAUAGCUGCAGUCAACGGCUCCAGUCCUGCUGGCGGCUGUCUGAUGGCGCUAUCAUGUGAUUAUAGAAUUAUGGCAGACAACCCACGCUACACCAUCGGCCUUAAUGAGACUCAGCUCGGCAUAGUUGCACCUUUUUGGUUUAAGGAAACCAUGAGUAAUACAGUGGGCCACCGGACCACUGAGAUGGCUCUGGCUCUGGGGCUGCUCUACAACCCGAAUGAGGCUCUGAAGACAGGAUUAGUGGACCAGAUAGUACCAGAGGAUAAGCUCAUGACCACUGCCGAGCAGGCUAUGGCCAAGUGGUUGGCCAUUCCAGACCACGCCAGACAGAUCACCAAGUCCAUGAUGAGGAAGCAGAUCAUUGACAAGCUCACGGCCAAACGAGAGGCUGACAUCCAAAACUUUGUGGGUUUCAUCACCAAAGACUCCAUCCAGAAGUCGCUCCGUGUGUAUCUUGAGAUGCUCAAAAAGAGGAAGGCUUAGUGAGAACGGGGGAGCAAAUUAAGUAAUGAGUAAUGUCAUUUUCAUUAGCCAGUGGCUUAUGUGCACUAUAGUUGUGUGUGUGUGUGAUAUGAUUUAUUUGUGUUGCUGCAAGGGGCCAUAUCAGUAUAUUGAAGGUCUGUUCAAAACAUCCCUAACAUAGUGGUAUGUGCCCCCCCAGCAUGAAGGUAACUAAGCUAGUUCAGCUCACACAAAGUGACUUGCAACUUUUUGUAACGUAAUUACCAGAGCCUCACCAUUAAAGUGCCUCGCCCACCAGUAACGGUAAGCUUGGUACUUUUUGAUUUAUAUAACGUUGUCGAACUUGUUCUUGGACUGUACGGUAAUUUCAUCAUCAGUUGUUGUGUUAUUCCCUUACAGCCAUGAUGUAUUUAAUGCCACUCUGGUACCAGGAGAAACAACAAUCGUUUUACUGAUCCAAACAAUUAUCACAAGCUGAAAAAUAAAACCUGAUAAACAUGAGAGAACUCUUUGGUGUUUUAACGUCAUGUUUUAAAAUACACAAAUACAGUAAAGCCCUGCUUUUCAUAGGGGUUACUUUCCGGGACCAUCAGCAAAUGGCGAAAAAAAGCAAGUACAGUAGUACCUCGCAUUGGCUGAUUUUCGGGGCACCACCUACGCUCUCAUCUCAUUGUCUGAUUAUUGGGGCACCGCCUACGCUUUAUCUCAUUGGCUGAGUUAUACAGCACGUACGGGAGUUUGUGUGAGAGACAGGCUUGUCCCUUCAAACUCCUUCGUCUUCGUAGUCCCCCUGUAACUAACUUAAACAAUUAAGUUAAGUUACAAAUUAAAAUUUUGCACACAGCAUUAUUGUGUAGUGCGUGUGCGUUUGUCUGUGAGACCAGCUGACUCUUUGAGUCGCGUUUCGACUCAGGCUGGUCCUCCUCCUCCUUCCUGCCUCCACUUGCACUCCUGAUCAAGACAUCUCGUGAACGGUAGGAUUGUUUUUGUUUUUCAGUUUUAUUCAUUUACAGUCAUCUUAUUUGUUACCUUAUUUUAUAUUGGAAUGUUACUGUACUGUGUUUAUGCUAAUGUUUUCUUAUAUUUUCCCACCAUAUUUGGUGGACUUUGAAUAUUUUGAAGUGCCAAAGGGGUGAGUUUGGGAAGAUCUUGGAACGGAUUAGGCUAUUUACAUGUAUUUUACGCUUCGUGUAACAUAAAAUCCCUAUAACAUAAAGGUUCUCGGAACGGAUUAUUUACGUUGUAGGGGCGUCUACUGUCAUCGAGGUGCCUAUAAAAUGGUAAUUUUUGACGCAUGGCUCACCCUGGUAGCCUGAUUUUGACAGUCUCCUCUAAUUUCGGCUCUGCAAUUAUUGUUGCAAUUAUUAGAUUGUAUUCCGAAUGUGCGGGGAUCCACUGUAUAUAAAUAAUAUGAUGACUCAAUCAGUUAUGGAAACAGAUGGGUUUGCAUUGAAACUGAUAUUAAUGUGACAUCAGUGUAAUUCCAUCCAUUCUUUUUCUAUGCCUCUUAUCCUAAUUAGGGUCGCGGGGGUAUGCUGGAGCCUAUCCCAGCUGACUUUGGGCGAGAGGCGGGGUACACCCUGGACUGGUCAGCAGCCAAUGGCAGGGCACAUAUAGACAAACAACCAUUCACACUCACAUUCAUACAUAUGGACAAUUUAGAGUCCUAUCAUGCAUGUUUUUGGAAUGUGGGAGGAAACCGGAGUACCCGGAGAAAACCCACGCACACACGGGGAGAACAUGCAAACUCCACACAGAAAUGCCCAAGCGGAAAUUCGAACCCAGAUCGUCCCGAUCUCCAGACUGUGUGGCCAACAUGCACUCAGCCACCGUGCGGCCAUCAGUGUAAUUAGACUAAUCAAAAUAGCAGAAGAAGAGCACACCCUAACUUAAGUGGCUCCAUGCCCAUUUCAAAAGGUUUAAAAAGCGAUGUUCACCUCUAAAAAAAAAAAUGUAACUUGGCGGGAUAAGGUUUUUGGAAUAAAACCUCUUGGAUUCUGUCAACCCUGCCUACAGUUAUUGGACUUUUUUUUUUCACUGAUGCAUGAAGCACUACUAGUAUAUUAUUAACGCAAGUCAAAGAUCUUGUAUAUGACAGGUGCAUGCGAUUUUUAGGGGCGUACGGUAAUUCAUUGGAUUCCAUAUGAAUGAAAGGAAUAUUUUCGUAGUAAGAGCAUAGAAGACCUGUUACCAUUAUUAGAGCCCUCUAGACAAGCAAUAACAUCCCUUUACUUACCUUUACACUUGUAAUGCCAAAUAUAGCAGAUAUAAUCAGAGAAAAUAAGCCAUUUAAAACAUAAAUAAAAAAUAAUGUUUUAAUAAAUGUCUUCUGUAUGUGUGGACAGGGAGUGACGUCAGCGAUUCAGAGUUCAGUUUUAGUUGGAGUCCGUGUAAUGAUGAUGAUGACUAUUAUUAUUAUUAUGUUAUGUGAUAUUAAUUUAGGCCAAAAAUAUGUAACAUUUGCUUAAAUGUGCAUUUUCUGGACUAAUAAUAGGCCGUAAUCAACCAUGAAACGGUGAUCAAAAAUCACGAUAGAGUGAGGGGCGAUGUUUGAACCGUGAUGGGACGAGUGUCAUACAAAAGUGCCAGUCAAAUAUUUUUAUAUAACAGGAGUGCUUUGCUGAAUCUACUGCAGAAAUGCUGGUCAAAGAUCCUCUAUGCUUUGAUACAUUUUCCACAUUAAGAAUGCUAAAAACACAAUCCAGUGUAGGUCAAUAUACUGUAUGUGCAGAGGUGCAUGGACACCCUUGACCUAUAUUGUGAGAGUACUGAAAUGAUAAUGAAUGCUAGAGGGGGUCAUGGAUUCUGUGCACCGUUCCAAGGAGAUCUGGGAGGAGAAGAGCAUAU